GGAAGGGGGCGACCCGCCUCUCCCGCGGGGGAUUUGCGCCUGCGGCCGAGCCUGGGCCGAAGAAGCGCGGCAAUGGAGGAGCCCGGGUGGGAUGCUGCUUCGGGGCGGAGGGGCGUCUGGGCCGCAUCGCCAUCGCCUGGCGCAGAAAAGGAGGCGCCUCCCCCGCGGGGGCUCUGUUCGGGGGCGGCCGUUUUCCUCGCCCAGACAGGCUCGCGGGGCCGCUUGAGCGUCUGGCCCACCGAAGGCCAUCCCCGUGGACUUCAUCGCUUUUCCGCGGAAGGCCACAAUGCAGUCGCGAUUAUCUGUUUGCCUGCGUGGAUCGCUGGCUUAUGGCUGCCCCAUCAGUUUGAGACAUUGCUUAGGUUUUCUUUCAGCGUUUUCCACUUCCACUUCUUGUACUCAAUAUCUGUGUACCGAGAUGCCCCAGCUCAGGUAGGGCUCGCAGUUUACUACCCAGUUUGUGGACAUAUCGCUCAGGUGGUUCGCUGUAGUUUUACACCUUUCCACUACAUACUACCCCUGAUCUAACUGCCAGGCAGCGAUUAAUGCCACUUUUGAGCAGUAUCUGGAAUCAUGAGACACCCCAAUUCCAAUGGUGUCGUUAUGUAUGUUAAAUUUCCUCAGAGGACUUCUGAAGGUCCUCAGCAGCCAAUUUGAAACCAUCUCCAUCACUGGUGAGAGGGAGUCAGAUGAAUAUCAGCAGAAUCUCUGAUCUUUCCUGAGUGCCCAGUAAAGGCCUAUUGCUACUGCACCAUGUGCUCAAGAUAGGUAAUCUAUACUUUAUAUACUGUACCAAGUCAGACCUCAUGUCACAUGAUUAUUCCAGGAAACUCAGUUCUUCAAGGUCUUGGCUCUCCUGUAAGAGUGUAGGGCUUACAGAAGGCCCUCUAGUCCUCCUUGGUCAGUGAAUGCAAGUCAAACUACUCCUAUCCACACCAUGGAUUUCAGGGGGCAGGGGGAGGACACAGGUUUACGGGUGGACUUCAUUUUAGACCACAUUCAAGACUGAAAACAAUAAUGCAACAGUUUCAGUUUGCUCCACUGAAACGAAUAUGGAGUAGCCCUCAUCGUCCCUGAAUACAACAUUACCAAAGGUACUCUUCAGCAGUACCUUAGUGUACAACAUGCCUCCAGUAACUAUUGCUCAGCUGACCUCUCUGGGAAUCCUUGAACUGGAAAGAACCUUUCAAUGCAGAAAUUCAAAUUAAGGUAUCUCCCAAAGAUUGCUGUCCUGCAUUUCCUUGAAUACAUCUAGUGAAGAAGAGCUCAUAUCUUCCUCUGGAAAUGGUUCUACUCUUAGCUGUUCUAACCAUUAGGAAGAUUUUCCUAGCAUCCAACCAGAAACUUCCCUUUAUGUAACUUGAGAUGGUUGUUCCAAGUCCCGUACUCUGCAGUGACAAGGAAUAGAUCCUUUCUGUAUAGUACCCCUUGAAAAAUCCUUAGUGAUUUUUUCCCCUCAAGUCUAAAGAUAACCACUUUUCUCAGUCUCUCCUUGCUGUGCUUCUCUGCACCUGUUCUAGUUCUCUGAAUUGUUCUUCAAAUCUGGUGUUCAGAACUAAGUGCAGUACUCAGGGUGGCCCUUACCAUUUCAGUAGAACUAUUAUUGCCCAUUAUUAAUUAUUUCCUUUUGGAAACAAUGCUUCUAUUGAAGCUGCCUUUUUAACAGACAUUCUCACACUGCUGACUUUCACAGAAUUUGUGACAGAUCCUUUUUACGUGUAUUAUUACCAAGUCGGGAGCCACCCAUCCUGUAUUUCAUUCAUGUUAAAUUUUGUUUCUGUUUCUAGGGUAUUAGCUGUUGUAUCCAAUUUUGUCAGCUGUGCCCUUGCUAAGCUUUCCUUCUGCCUUUUCAUCCAAGUAACUAAUUAAAUGUGGAAGCGUAUUGGGAUCAGGACCAAACCCUGUGGCAUCCCAGUUGAUACCUCAGUCCAGUGGAUGAAGAACUAUAGAUAAGCACCCUUUGACUACAGUUUUCAAGCCAGCUGUGGAUUCACAUGUGGAGCUUGCCAUGCAACCUAUACUUCAAUUGCUUGGUAAUCAGAGUAUCAUGAGGUGUUUUGCUAAAUGCUUUUCUAAAUAUAAGAACAUAAGCAGUGCCCUACUGGAUUGAAUCCCUGGCGUAUCUAGUCCAGCAGUCUGUUCUUAUAGUGGCCAACUAGCUGCACAGUGGCCAACCAAUUCCAUUAGUCUCCCAGCAGCUGGCCUUGAGUGGCAAUCACGCUGCCAUCAAGGCUAGUAGCCAUUGAUUUCCAUGACUUCCAUGAAUUAGUCCAACCCUUUCUUGAAGCCAGUCAACCUGGUAGUCAGCAUUACCUCUCAUAGUAGCGAAUUCCAAAGUUGAACUAUACAUUGUAUAAAAAAUAUUUCCUUUGUCCUGAUUCUUCCAGGAUUCAAUUUCAUUGGGUAACCUCUGGUUCUAAGUCCACUUGUAUGAUGUCCACAAAAUUCCCACAUUCAACAAAGGAAGUUACACCAUCCCAAAAAACACCAAGUCUGAUAAUAUUUCUUGGCAAAUCCAUGCUGACUUCUAAUCAUCACUUCAUUGUUUAAAAGGGUUUAUGGAUUAAUCGCUUUAUGACCUGCUCUAGAAUUUUCCAAGGUGUUGGUUGGUAUGAGACUGAUUAACCUGUGUUUCUCUGGUUCUCCUUUUCGUUUUUGAAGUUAGGGACAAUAUUUGCUCUCUUCCAGUCAUCUGAUAAGUGACCCAUUCUCCAGAAUUUCUGAAAAGUAAUGGAUGGAGAUUUGGCUAGGCCAUCAGCCAGUGCCUCUAAUAUCCUAAGGGGGAGUGCGCCUGGUUCUGGAGGUAGCAGUUUAUUCAAGUGGGGAAACAAGAUACAACAAAGAGAAGAUAAUGCAAGGUCAAGGUGUGGACGAGCCUCUCUCAGACACUGGAUUCAAACAAGCCGAUGCAGCUGGGAUGUAUCUCCGUCAUAUCAGAUUUACUCAUGUCUUCACCAGUGAUCUGCUUCGGGCAAAGCAGACCACAGCCUCAAUUCUUAAAAAUAGUCAGUACUGCAAAGAGAUUCCUGUAAAAUGUGAUGCCCGCCUUCGAGAACGGAAGUACGGAGUGGCAGAAGGGAGGCCUCUCGGCGAUCUUAAGACCAUGGCCAAAGCUGCUGGGGAGCAGUAUCCCUCUUUCACACCUCCCGGAGGAGAAACACUGGAUCAAGUAAAAGCCCGCGUCAAGGAUUUUUUUGAAUAUAUUUGCAAUCUUGUUGCCCAGGAGGCAUGUCUAGAAAAGCAAGUUUUUCCAAGUUCAGAAGGAAACAAUACAGAAAUGGCCAAAGGAAGUUCUACCAGAUUGUUGCCAAACCACCAUGGUGGACUGGAAUGUGAUUCUAAUUCUGAAGGAGCUGCAGGAGGGCUGGCAGCCAACAUCCUGGUUGUGAGUCACGGGGCAUACAUGAGAAACUGGGUUGGCUAUUUCAUUGCAGACCUGCAGUGUACUUUGCCAGCCACUUUGACAAAGGCAGAAUUGUCCUUGGUUACUCCCAAUACUGGAAUUAGUCGGUUCCUUGUAAAACUGGAAACGAGAGAGAAUGUUAAACCUAAAAUCCAUUGCAUUUUUCUCAAUAGGAGUGAUCAUUUACAUGACAUAAAUGACAGCUGAAAGCAUGCAGCUGUAAAACUUACACAUGCAGAAUGUAUUUAUGCACGGUAUAGAAUCAUUAUCUUUUAAAUUACAUUUGAGACAUGGCAUGUUGGAAAGAAUUUUCUGCUAAAGAAUUUAAAAACUCAU